CGACAUCUUAAGAGAACGGAGUUACUUGUGUUGGAACCAUAGACCGUUAAUAUUACAGUCUAUGGUUGGAACAAGUGGUUGACAUUGUGUGGCUGAUAAUUGCAAAAAAAAGCCUGCCGGUAGCAAACCAGUGUUCCUGUCCAGCCGGUCCAGCCAUAGGGUCCAUCCCACAGACGCUCGGAUGAGGAAGUAGCUCCACUGAUACCUGAUACCACUGAUACGUGCGUUAAAUAAGACAGCAACUGAAAAGUGUGUUGGGGGUACACUGUAGGUUUCCCCCGGAGUGCCAGCAGCCAUGAAGCUUCGACUACACUUUGUGGUGGACCCCAUGGGCUGGCUGUGUAUCAGCGUGGUGUUUGGGAUCUGGCUCUACAACACUUUCUUCAUUCCUAAACUGGUUCUACUUCCACACUACAAUGAGGGACACAUCCCAUGGGCCAUAGUUGUUUGUUAUUACAUAGCAUCAGCACUCUGCCUAGCAGCCCUAUUCCGAGCUUCCACAGCAGAUCCCGGCCGUCUUCCUGUGGACCCCAACAUACCUCACUCUGAGCGAGAGCACUGGGAGUUGUGCAAUAAGUGCAACUUAAUGAGACCUAAAAGGUCCCACCACUGUAGUCGCUGUGGCCAUUGUGUACGCAGGAUGGACCACCACUGUCCUUGGAUCAAUAACUGUGUGGGAGAAGACAACCACUGGCUCUUCCUGCAGCUCUGUUUCUACACUCAGGUUCUCAGUUUGUUCACCCUGGUGCUGGACUUCUGCCAGUACUAUUACUUCCAGCCACUGACAGGACUAGACCAGGAGAAGUUUACAACACGCCAUGAACUGGCUCUGCUGCGAGUCUCAACGCUCAUGGGUUUGGUCAUGUUUGGUGGCAUGACUAGCAUGUUUUACACCCAGAUGGCAGGCAUCCUCUCUGAUACCACCACCAUUGAGAAAAUGGCUCUGUUCUCAAAGGAAAUAUAUGGCUCAAAGAAAUCUUGGCAGUGGGCGCUAGCCGAAGUUUGCGGCACUCGUUGGAAACUCCUAUGGCUCAUCCCGCUCCGAAACAGACAGCCGCUCCAAGCCAGCCACCACUUCCGCACCCACGUGUAGGCCGGUAACUCUACAGUUCCUCCUGCCUGCGCAGAUGUUCUAGCGGCUGCCAUGAUGAAACACUGUAUGCACACUUAAGAAUCCAUCUGUUCGCCUUCACCGUCCUCUUUUGUGCUAUGGGAGCUAGGCAGCAGUCUUGGUUUGUUGAUACUCUAAGCUUUUUUUUGCCUUUCUCUACAAGGCCCAGACUGGCAGUAAACAGGGUCAAGAAACACCUAAGGGAGUGACGGGAAAAUGUUGCUUUUUUUACUCACUGUGACUGCUAUUUUUAGCAUUGGAAACCACUUUAAAUGGUUAAUUGCAUCAGAAGGAUGGCAGUCUUCACCUGAAAGCAGCUGGCGAAAGGGACCCCUCUCAGGUUACUUUAACAAAGAGCCUUUCCUACUUACCUUUAAUCAGCUACAGACAGAACCAGUGUGUCUAUUAGAAAGGCAGGUUUUUUCGUAUAAAGUUUGUGCCUUGUUUCUUUAAACUAUGUUAACCUUUUUAUUUGUCAUGCAUGAGCUGUGUUUUUGUUUUGAUAUUUUCUGGUUGGUGAUGUUCCAGUUUGGAAAUGUCUUGUGAAUAGUGCAGGAAUCGGCCGCCAACUGCAUUGCUUUAAUUGGUGAUCAUUUGAUGAUUCAUGAAUGUUUUAUUGCAUUGUUCUAUGAACGUUUUAUCUAUGAAGUGAUGUUUUAUGAAGCAUGGCGAAAGGACAAAGUUCAUAACUUGAAGGCUGAUAUGUGACACUAUUAUGACACAAAAUGACAAACGGUUAACAGUUGACCAUGAAAAUUAGAAACAAGUUUAUGCUAUCAGUCUUAGGCUGUAUAUGUUCUAAUCAAACGUGCUGUAUAAUCAAGUUGUUUCUCUGAGUAUAACAAACAUUCCACAGCCAAUUCAUAUCAUUGCCUGAUCAUAAUCUGUUGUGAAAUCCUUAUUAAUGCGGUUAGAGUGCCACACACUAUCCUCAAAGAUAACUUAAAUCACGCUGUUUAUCUUAAAAGAAUGGUUCGACAUUUUGGGAAAUACACUUUUUCGCUUUCCCGCCAAGUGUAAGAUGAGAAGAUAUAUACUCUCAUGCCAGAAAGUGAAAGAUAUGACUAAACAAUCUUCUUAUCUAGCUCAUGGCAAGAAAGCAAAUGCAUGUAAUUUACAAAAUAUCGAAUGAUUCCUACAAAUCGCCGUCAUAGUUAGGUCUUAAAUGUUUCUGAACUUGUGGCUUUAAAAAUGCAUAUCUUUAUAAGUAAUACAAAAACUAGCAGAUUAGUCUACAUGUGGUGACAUACAGCUAGUUGACACUUGACACAACACUGAGUUAUUUAUGGUGUUUUUUUGCUGUAACGCUAUGGUACUGUUAAGAGAUUUGUUUGAAUUAUUUAACAGGAUACUUAAGGAGAAAAUAAUACAGUGCAUAUUAAUACUGGCAUAGCGUGGUUGUCACGGUAUAUAAUACUUUGCAAUCCCAUAACUAAACUGUACAAAAACAAAGCUUGCCAUGUGUGGUAAAUAUAUAACAAUAUCGUAGUAGUUUUAAGUGCCUUUCUAGGUCUUCUUUUUACUUUCACGGUACAUAAUCAUCAUGUUGGUCUCCAUAAAAGCCAAAGACCUGGGGAAAUGUUGCAAUAGUGUUUUAGUAAAUGCAUGUUUUACCAAAUUUCUGAAGGUAGCCAUUCAAUAUUAUGCACUGAUUUACACAAUAUCGUCUGUUUCACUGCAUCAAUGGCACUCUGAAAAGAAAGUCUUCACUUAAAGUUACUGUAUUUUAUGUGUAUCUUAUGUUUUAGUCAUAUCUUCAAUCAGAUUGUUUGUAUUCGCAUGAGUGUGUUGAUCACUUUGCUCAGUGGUUUUUAUAACUCAGAUUCAGGUUCUUGGAUGUUUGUGUGAAUUAUUAUUUUGAUUUCAGUUUGUUUGGUGGUGGGAUAAUGGGGUGGGCUAAUGUGUGUGAUUGACAAAUAAGGGGGUACUGAUAGUUUACAUUCAAUUUAUUUUACAAAUAUGUUUUUAAAGCAAUAAGCAUUACAAGUAAAGCCGUCUAUAUUGUUACAACAGUAGUGAGUAAA